GCCGGCGGCUCUUGCUCAAGAUGAACUGCCCAAACAUGGCUCUGCUGCGUGUCCUUUCCCGGGUCUCCGGUGCAGGACCAGCCAGCUGCCGAAGCCUGGCCCGACGUCUGCACAGUAGUCCCUCCUUCUCCUCCUACAAGUAUGUGAAUGUGAAGGAGCCCACCAUGGACUUGAAAUCUGUGACUGACCGACCAGCCCAGACCCUGCUAUGGACGGAGCUCUUCCGAGGUUUGGGGAUGACUCUGAGUUACCUGUUCCAGGAGCCCGCCACCAUCAACUAUCCCUUUGAUAAAGGCCCUCUGAGCCCCCGUUUUCUCGGGGAGCACGCCUUGAGGCGCUACCCUUCAGGGAAGGAGCGAUGUAUCGCCUGCAAACUCUGUGAGGCCGUCUGCCCAGCCCAGGCCGUCACCAUCGAGGCUGAGCGCAGGGAGGACGACUGCCGGAGGACGACCUGCUAUGACAUCGAUAUGACCAAGUGCAUCUACUGCGGCUUCUGCCAGGAAGCCUGCCCCGUGGACGCCAUCGUGGAGGGUCCCAACUUUGAAUUCUCCACCGAGACCCACGAGGAGCUGCUGUACAACAAGGAGAAACUUCUCAAUAAUGGGGACAAGUGGGAAGCCGAGAUCGCUGCCAACAUCCAGGAGUACUUCCUGUACCAGUGA